AUGACAACAACAAGUACACAGACUAUUGAGCUAUCACCUAUUACAACUCGUCAAUCAUCCAUAGCCCCAUUAAAUCCUGGCUAUUCGCUUCAACAUCGGCAUCCACCCGGUCGAGAUGUCGCUGACGCAUCUCUGGAGCAUGGAUUUGACCGACCCACCGACCCACUUUCACUCUACAAUAGUAAAAAAACAGAAGAAGAUCUCAAACAAAUGAAAAGCAGAGGCACAUCCAAAAAGGUCCAAAAAUUUUAUCGAGAGCAGAAUGACCUCAUUGACAAUAUGCUCAGUCCACUCAACCCUAUCGAUGAAGAGGAUGAACAACGGCAAAUGUUAAAGGUCAAAAUUGCCGUAUAUGGCUCUGGGAUGGCCAACGUUGUGUUAUUUGCAUUACAAUUAGUGGCUGCCAUCUCAUCAGGGUCGCUCUCUAUCUUUGCAACCAUGGCCGAUUCAUUCAUGGAUCUUCUUAGUUCGAUUGUUUUGAUGUGGGCUGCACGUCAAGUGAGCAGACCCAACCCAAUCAAAUAUCCUGCCGGCAAAGAAAGAAUGGAAACAGCCGCCAUCAUGGUUUUCUCGUGUCUUAUGAGUUGUGUGGCCAUCUUCUUGAUUAUCGAAUCUGCUCAAAAGCUUGCUGAAGGGGAUGUAGAAUCACCUGAUCUCUCUACAUUAUCAAUCGCGUUGGUAGCCACAGCACUUGGUGUGAAAUUUCUCUUGUUUAUCUAUUGCAGCACGCUUUCGCAAUACUCUUCAGCCAAAGUGUUUGCACAAGAUCAUCGCAACGAUAUUCUUGUCAAUGGCCUUGGGUUAACAACCGGAAUCCUAGGCAGUCGACUUGCAGGAUGGGUGGAUCCUACAGGGUCUAUCAUCAUCGCUCUCAUCAUUCUUCGAAGUUGGACAUCGACACUUAUUGAUCAUACAAAAUUGAUUGUUGGAAAGACCGCCGACAAUGAAUUCUUGAAGAGAGCCACGUAUAUUGCUCUUACACAUCCUGGUGUACAUCAAGUUGAUACAUGUCGUGCUUAUUAUGCAGGCAACAAUUUAUUUGUGGAAGUGGAUAUUGUUCUACCACCUGAUACGAUGCUAAGGGAAUCGCAUGAUAUUGGAGAGUCCUUGCAGAUCAAACUUGAAUCCAUCCCAACGGUAGCCCGUGCCUUUGUACAUGUAGAUUAUGAGACGUCUCAUAGACCUGAGCAUCAAAAGACCAAAUAA